CAAGAGAAAAAAUGGUCAAAUGUUAUACCAGUUCCAGAAACAUUUCUAGCAAAAUUGACGAAAUUUGUUCAAGAUGGUCAGCUGAUUUCCCCGACUGCUACAAUGUAAUGCAUCUCUGCUCUACUUUUUAAGGAAUUGCUGCGAAUGAACUCCCACCAAAACAUUAUGAUGAAACAAUAAAUUCAUCAAGAGCAUAUCGUCUUGAUCAUGAUACAAAUGGAAUUGUUUCGCUUCGUGUUAUAAUUCAACCACCCAAACCCCGUGAAAAUAAAAAAAAACCGAAAACAGAGCCACGAUGGGAUGGUAUCAGGCGCAUGAGUAAAAUAACAGCGAGUAAUGGUUCGAAACAAAUUUUGGAUAAAUCUUAUUAUUAG